AUGGUAUACACACUCAUCGUACACAUGAAAGCCAAGCCAGAGACCGUUGAGGAGGUCAAGGCUAAGCUUCACGAAGCCUCACGUAUCUACCGCCAAGACAAGGAAACAAUCGACUGGCACGUCAUGCAAGAUCCUAAGGACGCAACCAAGUUUGCUGUCGUUGAGCGUUACGAACAGGAAUCCAGCCAACACUACCACUUGACAAACCCAUACUGGAAGACAUUCGACCCAUAUGUCGUACCACGCUUAGCUGAGGAGAUGCAAUUGAGCAGAUUCGAGGAAUUCUAA